AACUAAUACGUAGAUGUGCGCGUUCCGCUGUUUGUACACUUUAGGAGUGCGUCAACACGCGCGCUGUCCAUAACCGUGCCCUUGCCUGCGUCGUGCAGCUCAUUACGUUUGAUCCAUGCUGGGCUUCUACGCUUGCACUCGACACUUGGCGGACGGAAGUGCAGGGCAAGUGGUGGUGUGUUGCUGCUGAUACCGUGGGGCUCAGUUCGUCAGCCCUUCUCCAGCCUCGGUGAAGCAGUCUGGGAUUCCUUCAGUGCUCGGUCUGGGAUGCGCAUCUGGACCAGAGAGUGUCCCGGGGGCAAUACGCGUCGAGGCACUCCACUGUACCUCUCUGUCCCCGUCCUCUUGCCCCCACUGAGGAAAUAAAAACACCGGCUGGGGGAAAUUUGGUUUUUUGACGGAAUGGCUGGCGCAAAGUGCCUUCUGAAAACGCCGAGGUGAGAGUCUGCUUUUUAUUUCGAGAGGGGGAAAAAUGUCGAGGAGCAUAUGCGAAUAUACCCAAAGGAAAACAGCUCUGUCUUUUCAGUAUCUUCCAACCAUCUGCCAUGUUUGAAGGCUCAGAGUCCGUCGAGGGGGAUGGAGGGAGCACAGACAGUACAGUGGCCUCGUCCAUCAGCGCCUGUAAGAAGGUGCUGUGCAGUAACAGUGUGCUGGACUCGUCUGAGUACUGGCUGAGGAACGAGAAGUCUUUGUGCAGACUGGGCCUGCUGGAUGACGACACAGAGGGCAGCUUCACCAUGAUCUGUUUUGUAAAUCUGGACCCUCAGAAAACAGACUGUCGUGAUGACAGAAGUGUAAAGAAAUUGGCGUCUGUGUCUCCAGACCUACCAAAGCUCAUUGAAUUACUGACUGUCCACCAGCCAAAAGAAAAUGAGAUCCUACUGCUUGGUGGUCUGGAAGCCUCAGAUACUUGCCAAACACACCCACACUCCCCCUCUCAGGGCAGGCAGCAGCAGAGAAGCACAGGUGUGUGCCUGGUUCAGUGCUCAGGGCAGAGACAUUCCACUCAACCCAGGAGCAUCAUCUUUGAAAUCAACAAGUUUCUGAUUGGUCUGCAGUGGGGCAAGGAGCAACAGCAUCAGCAUGGCUGGGCAACAGGGCAGAGGGUCGACGACGACACCAAUCGCUCCAUCUCAUCCAUAGAAGAAGACUUCCUGACUGCCUCGGAGCACCUUGGUGAUGACAGCGAGGAUGACGGCUUUAGAAAUGAGCCAGAGAGUGGCGACCUGGCAGAGAGCUUGGUAGAGGUUGCACAGAAACACUGUGUCAGACUUGCAUGUCAGCGGGGACAGCUGGUCCACCGACAGAGCAGGGAGGAUGCUGAGGUGAAGAGGGAAGGGUACCAGCAAGCAAGCUUCCACACUCAGGAAUCAGCUGGUCACUAUGCCACCAAUCUGGCCGAAUCAGUACUGCAAGAUGCCUUUAUACGCCUCUCUCAAGAUGAAACCUCCUUUGUUUCUGAGGCUGCUGUGAGUGUGUCCCUCGCUAGCCAUGCUUCCAUCUCUACUGGCUCUUCAAAGAGCAGAGAGCCUUCCCAACAGCGAACCUGUUCUUUUGAACUUCCGAAGAUAGUUAUAGUUCAAAGCCCAGACAGUUCUGAUGGGGCUGCAGAAUGGCCAGAGAUCCAAGUGUCUCAUGUGCCUGACCAAGAUGCCACUGCCAAAUCCAGAGAGAUGCCAGAGAAUGGGGCACAGGCUUAUAUUUCCCACCACAAACAUGUAGAGGUGGCACUGGCCUGUGCUGCCAGUGUCAUUGGCACCAUUACAACCCCUCAGCUGACAGAACAGUUCACUAUUGAAUCUGCUUCAGAGGAGGACACAGAGGAAGACCUGCAGGACCCAGAGGAGAGAGGUGACUACUCCUUCUCUGCAGCCAUGUGUGGCAUGGCUCAGGUAGCUGGUGCUGUCGCAGCUGUGGAGCUAGCAGAGGAGUCAGGGGAGGGCGGCGAUUUGGACGCAGACUCAACAGAAGUCUACACAGCAUCCCGGGGUCUGAUGUCUGCUGCCGAGGCCUCUGCAGCCUUCACACUGCACUGCAGUGUGGCAGAGGGUACAAGUGUUGAAGCGUUUCGUGCCAACAUUGCUGAGGUCCUCCACAGGGAAGCAGCGGAGGUGCUGACUCAGCCACAAGGUUACAGAAGUGUAGCUCACUUGCUAGAGGCCACACAUAACAAAAUAGUAGAUGGCAUUACUUGUCCAAAAAAGUCCUACAUGGAUGAAAGAGAGGUGGAUGACUUAAUAAAUGAUGUUGCAGACAGCCUAUUUAAGCAUGCUUUAGAGAAGGCAAAAAGGAAAAAAGAACAGGAGGGUACCGGAAAAAAUGCACCAAGUUUCCAGGUUUUUCUGCAGGACAGUGUAAACACUUUGCUGUUUGAUAUCCUCUGUGUGACACAGAAGAAAGUCAGCCACAUCUCUAGAUGUGACCAAGGGUCAGUUGAGACACAAGAAGAUGAAACUUGUGUCGGAGAGACCGUUAGCACCAGGGUGAUCAGGGAUCCAUUCAGUCAGUUACAGUGCUUAGUUGGCAGUAGCCAGUCCACUAAUAUUGAGAAUCACACCACAGAUAAGCUUAGCAUGUUUCCAAAGAAGAAAUAUGUGCUUGAGGAAGGUGAUCUCAUUGUAUCUUCCUCCACAGUACACAGCAAAGAGCAACAGCAGCAGACAUCGUGCAGACAAACUCAGUCUAAAUCCACCUUCUUGCCUGCCAAGGAUUUCCCUGACCACCAUCAUGUCCAGCAGUACAGUGGUGCCACUAGAGAAGCUUUGAGUGAAAUCCCAGUUCAUAGCACUGAGAAGAGGGGACGAUUAGUGACAGGCAGUGACAGCAGACAGUCCUCCCUCUCCCCCCAAUCUUCCCUCAACUCUUGCAGUUCUCUGCUCUCCUUAAGAAUGGACUCAGAGUCCAGGACACCUAUUACUUGCUACGCUGAAGAUUUGGCUGCUACAGUGGUGUCGAUGGCCACAGAAUUAGCAGCCAUCUGCUUGGAGAACUCCACAGGGAAACAGCCCUGGUUUUGUGCCCUCAAAGGAACGUUUACAGAAGGGCCGGAAGCCUACUUGAUCCCUGCUUGUCGCACAGUACUCAGAAGGAAAGAGGGCCAGAACAGCAAUGCAACCUCCAAGAAACAUCGGGCACCGCGCCUCAGUGAAAUCAAGAGGAAAACUGAGGAGCAGCCAGAACUGAUGGAACGCCUUGUGAACCGGGUGGUGGAUGAGUCAGUCAACCCCGAUGAACCACAGGACCCAUUUGCCCUCUUUGCCUCUGAGGUCACGGCCAGGAUCAUGAACUGCCCUGAGCUUAAUGUAGUGGAUACCUCCAAAACAGGCCAGCCACGCAGCAGGUUGCAGUGUGAGAGGUGGAGCCGUGGGAAGGCGUCCAGUUACGAGAGUAUUCCAGAAGAAGAUACAGACCCCUCAGGCACACCCAACACCCUGGGCCCUGGCAGCCGGUUAGGUCAGAAUUUGAGUCGUGGUAGUUCCAUCUCUAAGCAGUCCAGUUGUGAGAGCAUCACAGAUGAGUUCUCACGGUUCAUGGUAAACCAGAUGGAGACGGAGGGCAGGGGCUUUGACCUUCUGCUGGACUACUAUGCAGGGAAAAAUGCAAGCAGCAUUCUAGCUGCAGCUGUGCAACAGGCUGCGUCAAAGAAAAAUGGUCACCUUAAUGUCAGGGCAUCAUCGUGCCUGUCCAAACAGUCGAGCACGGAGAGCAUCACAGAAGAGUUCUACAGGUUUAUGCUUCGGGAUAUGGACAAGGAAAACAAAGAGUAUGGCAUUGCCAAGACUAAAGAGUGGAGCAACAGCCUGUUCCCACCUUCUCCUAGAACACCCUUCUGUAUAAGACAGUCUUCUGUCCCAGACCGGCGCUCCUCAGACUCACGACUAACUGUCAGCUCGCCCAUUAAGGCCAACUCUUUUGAUGGAUUUGCCCGCAAUGUGCAUGGUGACUCGCUGAAUAUCUUCCCCACCAACUCAGUGUCAGCCACAGGACUGUGCAAGUCAGACACCUGCCUCUAUCAGAGGGGUAAGACUGACCAGAUUACUGAUAUGCUGAUUCAUGAUACCUGGACAAGCUCCAUUGAGUCCUUGAUGAGGAAGAACAAAAUUAUUGCUGAUCCACAGGACAGUAUUGAGCUGGAGGCUGCAGGAGACUCCCAGCCCCAUGUGCAGCAGUUUGCUAAUCGCUUGGCAGCUGACAUUGUAGAUAUCGGCAAGUCUGCACUCGGAAGCCAGCAAGAUGUAGCUGGGGGCAUGCCCGGGUCGCACCCACAGCCGCACAAACCUGUUGGCGAAAGAAGGAGGGGAUUCAAACAGUCUCAUUUAAGUUGCAUUCAGAGUAGGUCCAGCCAGGAGCAAGCUGGUCCUGGAGCAGGGGUUGGUAACAACCGUGCAUCCUGCGUGAGGGGUCCCAGAGAUGUUCCGCUGAUCCACAUUGAGGGAGCCCACAGAGAUGAAGAGUCUCUUUUAACCUCUGACAGGACAGGAGGAGGACCACAGGAAAUACCCCCAGACAUGUCAACUCCCAAGCGUACGGAGAGAUCUACAGCCAAUGGCAGCAGCAGUGAGAGGGACAGGCCAGCUGUGGCGGUGGCUGGAGUAGUGAAGAAAGACAAGCGUUCUAUGAGUGCUAGCAGUGAAGAGAGCAUGGGGAGCUGGUCCCAUAUAACCCCCGAGGAUGACCCCCACGAGGAGACCAGUAGUUUUAUCCAGCUGAGCGAGGGGAACGGGAACAGCAGCGCAUCCAGCCUAGGUCUGGCCGAUCUGGAUGCUUUUUCUGAUGCGCCCACUCAGAACACAGUAGUCAGUGUGGAGACAGAGACAGGCCACCCUGCAGGAACCAAGGAGAAUGUAUUUGAGAGCAGUUCAGCGAGGACAGCAGGCAGCAGCAGUAACCUCAGGGAGCUGUUGGUUGUAAACUGCGACCUUGAGCCCGACGGUGUGGACUUGGAGCUGAGGGUAGCUCUACAAUGGAUUGCUGCCUCUGAGCUGGGGCUUCCUGCUCUCUACUUCAGGAAGUCCAAAGUGAAGAGGGUUGCAAAGUUCCAGAGGGUGGUCCAUAUGAUGUCUCAGAAGUCGUGGCGGAUCGCGGACUUGUUCAGCGCCAUGGUUCAGUUCUGUAAGCUAAACGAGAAAGAGGAGCAAGAGGGCAGGUCUCUGUCUAGCCUGUUUGACUGGCUUUUGGAGGUCCUGUAGGAUGGUCUAGCUUCCUCAUACUACAAACAAAAACAACAGUGCUUACUCAUUCAGUCACAUUUCUUAACGUUUGUCCCAUACUGUCUCAUCCCAUCAUGUCUCUAAUGCAGUCGGCAUACUUUACAAUUUCAUUCAUUCACCCUUUCUAUAAACAUUGUUUUGUCUGUGCACAGCCAUGAUUCGACCAGUUUCCCUUUAAUAAAAGCAUCCUGUUUUCAGAUUCACCUCUCUAGCGAGACACGAGCAAACGCAAGCAGACUGUAUAUGGGCUGGGCAUUC